UACUGCCAUCACCCUCGAUCUGCUUCCAUUGGGGCGAUCAUGAGUUGGCUAAAACACCAUCCCCUGUCUUCCCUGGGCACUGCUUCGCAGGCCGGGUCGGAUAGUGACGACAAAACCAAUGAAUCUAGAGACUGCUCAGACACCGAGUCCACAUACAGCAGCGAAAGCGCGUCUAAUGGUGGAUAUGGCACGGAUGAUACUCUUGCUGUUACUCGAGUAUUGGAACAGCAUGGUAUCCCUUGCUGUCUGGUUGGUGUAGCUGCCCUUGUUUUCUACGGCGCUGGCAGAGUUCGUGAGGACUGGGAAAUUUGUGUCCCAACAGAGCUCGUGGGCCAGGCAGCAGAGAUACUACAAUCAGAACCAUACGCAACGCAGUAUCGUCUAGUCAAACCGUGGCCCUAUUACAAUCCCUACUCUCUUAUCCACACAUACCACCGGUUCAAAAGCAGAGGGAUUAAUCAUUACUUCUUCCUUGUUCCUUCAAUCGACAUGCAUAUUGACUGUGACCCUUCCACCUUCACACGCAGUCCCAAAGGGUUGCCGUAUCCCAAGCUGGAUGUCUUUAUUCAGAGCUGUUUAGACACCUGUGACAUGCUCCAGCUUUGCGAUGUUAUAGACGGUACCAAUGUUUCAGAAGAAUGGGGCGAGAAUAACCUUAACCUUGAGGGUACUAACGAUGUAGAAUGGGCCAAAGAAAAGAAUAAGAGGGGAAAGGAGUUUGGCGGAAAGUGGGCUCAUUCUCUGUUUGCCUGGGAAGGACGGAAAGAUAAACGGGAGAUGUGGCUGUCAUUGGUGCGCACCAAGGAAGACAGGUUGGACUGGACAAAACCCAAGGAUGUCUUUAUAACUCAAUAUCGUGUCAAAGGCUCGCCGGAUCCCUGGACAGAGCUAUCUGACAUGUCUUAAUAGUCUCCAGCGGGGCAUUCAGCCUUUUCUAUCAAUAGCUAUAGGGGACUGUUAACGCCACACCCUGUAUCGAUCCAACCACACCCCUUCCCGAUCCUGCCACACCCCCUGACUUGAUAAUGCCACACCCAUUCAUCACAUGAUUUUUUUUCUUGCUAUAUAUAGUUUAGUGUUAGGGCAAUUUUAUAGGGUAUUUGUCACGGCGCGAAGCUGUAGUACCUAUCUAGUUAGAUUCUGUCUUGACUAUCUGUCCUUAUUCCUAUAUUUAAGUCAUAUUAUCCUU